GGGUGUGGGGCUGGGAGGGAGCGGUGCUGGACUCUUCACAUCCCUGCAGCCAUGGGGAGCAGUGCUGUCACCCUGUUCCUCGCCCUUGUCCUGGUGGUGUGUGUUGCCUCUGCAGAGAGAAAGUGCCAGCUCAGCGGGCUGUGGAGAAACGAACAGGAGUCACUGAUGGAGAUUUCGGCGGUGAGGGACAACGGGGACUUCCAGGGGAAAUACCUCACACAGGUCACCCUUGCUGGUGGCUGUGCCCGUGCCUCUCCCCUCAGGGGUAUCCAGCAGCAGCCCGGUGAGGGGGGCUGGCCCACCUUUGCCUUCACUGUGCGCUGGGACGUGUUCUCCAAUGCCACCACUGCUUUUGCGGGUCAGUGCUUCGUGGACACAGGUGGGAAGGAGACGCUGACCACUAUGUGGCUGCUGCGUGAAGCUGUUGGAUCCCUCCAGGAGGACUGGAAAGCCACAAGGGUGGGCAAAAACGUUUUCACACGCAAACGUACCCCAAAAGGAAAGGUCCUGCCGAGUUUGUCCCCAUCCUGUGAGGUCCCAGCUUCAGCUGCUCCAUGACGGAAUUCUCAGGCUGCUGCCUGAACCCCUAAGGCAAGCAAACUGAGCC